AUGCACCAGGACGACGAACUCGACUUUGGCGAGGACGACCUCGUCCUGCAACCCGCCCCCGCCCACCUCGCCUCGUCUCUCGACCAAGUCGACCCCGACUCGGCCGCCUCGACCUCGACCGCCCACCAGGGCUCAGCCGCACCACCCUCAACCACCAUGACCUCGCUCAACGCUACCGCACCGGGCGCGACCACCACCACCGCCGCAGGCCCCGCACACGCCGCGACCGUCUCGGCCCACCAGCUCGCACCCGCGUCCGCCGCGCAAACCGCAGCCUCGACCCCGCCCGUCCAGCCCAAAAAGCCCCACGACGAGUCGCUCGACGCACUCGGCAACAAGCUCCCGCAGGGCUGGGUCUCGCGCGUCUCGAAAUCGACCGGCAACGUCUACUACCGCAACACGGUCCUCAACACGAGCGCGUGGGACAUCCCGACCGAGCCCGCCGUGCCCGCUCAGCCCGAACCCGUCGUCGCACAUGUCGCUCCCGUCGUGGCCGCGCCGGCCGAGCAAGCCCCGGUCGCAGCCGUUCCUGCUCCCGCUGCGCCCGUGCUCGCCCCGGAGCAGGCCCCUGCACUCGUUGCGCUCGAGCCCGUGCCUCAGCAGCAGCCGCAGCAGGAGACGCAGAUGCAGGACGUUCGGUCGCACGACGCGUCGGCGCCGUCGGCGCCCGUUGCGCCCAAGCCGCGCGUCUUUGUCCACCCGGACCGCCUCAAGUUUGCCGACCCUGAAGCCGCCGCCUCGUCAACGUCCUCGUUCGCGCCGCCGACCGGGCCUCGCGGCGGCAGCUCGAUGUACCCGGCUCGUCGCACCUCGACCGCGGCCCAGGAACGUCAUGCGCUCCCGCCGCAGGACCAGAUCGUCGCGCCCACGGCACCGGCGCGUCGGCGCGGUGGCCGCAGCGGCAGGCGCUCGGUCGGCGGCGACGGGUUCGCGGCGAACCAGAUCCCGGUCGGGACGCCGAGGGGCCCUCGGGUCGGCGGUGCGGCGGAGCAGGGCACGCCGGGUGCGUCGGCGGGCCUCGACGACCGGUGGGCGGCGUCGCCGGCGCCGGCUGCUGCGAGCGCUGUCGACGCGAGCGAGCCGAGGUUCGCUGUUCCCUCGGGUCCUCGUGCAGGCCGCGACCGCCCGCCUCACAUCGCCGCCGCCGCCGCCUCGACGCCCUCCCUCAACCGCUACCCUUCCUCGUCCGCCUCGGCAACCCUCGCCAGCCCUGUCGCCGAGCCCGGCUCCGCCCUGUCGCCGCCGACCACCCGCCGCACCCUCUACUCGCCCGCCACCGACCGCGACGCCUCGCUCGACCCACACGCGUCGGCGCGCCUUCCUGCGCCGUCCGAGUCGGCGUCGCCCGGACCCGAGCGCGGUAACGGCCGCCAGCAGUCGCUCGGCGCCGUGAGCGCCAGCUCGGGCCUGAGCCAGGCCGAGAAGCUCGAGCAGCAGCGUCUCGCGCGCCUCGCCGCCACGGGAGGGCCGCCGCCCUCUUUGUCGGCGCUCGACGUCGCGCCGAGCGUCUCGAGCGACCGCUUUGCGCCCUCGUUCGGCUCGGUCGACGCGGCGGGCGGCUCGGCCGACCGCUUUGCACCACGCGGCGGCCGUCGUGGGCGCGGCGGACGAGGAGGAGAUGGUGCUGCUGCGCCUGCCGCCGUCCUCGUAGGCGCCAACUCGAUGCCUGUCGGUGCGGCCGGCGGCGGGUGGGGCGACCGGGCGCGCAUCGCGCGCGAGAAGCUCGAGCGCGAGGAGCGCGAGGCCAAGGAGCGGGACGAGGCGCGCGACGCGGCGAGGCGCGAGCAGAUCAAGCGCGACGCCGAGGACGACGAGCGCAGGAGGAUGCGCGCCGAGGAGGCCGACGUCGUGCUCGGCAGGGAGCGCGAGCGCAAGAGGCUCGAAGACGAGGCCGAGGCGAGGGAGAAGGAGCGUCGUGCGAGCGCGUACGGCGCGAGAGGCGCAGGAGGGAGGGGCGCGCCGCGUCGCUCUCGCUCGCCCGAGCGCGAGACGUCGAGCAGGCGCCGCAGCAUGUCGCCGGCGCCGCGUCGUCGCAGCCCUUCGCCACCGCCCCGGCACCGCAGCCCGUCGCCGCCCGCUCGCCGCCGCGAUUACUCGCCGCCGCCAUCCAUGAGCCGCGGUCGAGACUACUCGCCGCCGCCUGCGACGGGUCGCGGCCACUCGCCGUCGCCGCCGCUCAUGCGCAUGCGCAGCCGCUCCCCUCCCCCUCACCUCCGCCGGCGCGGCGGCGGCGGUGGGCAGCGCUCGCCCUCGCCCGGCCGCCUCCCUCCCCUGCGCUUCCCGAUGGGCAACAUCCUCGACAAGUCGUCGUCGGCCCUUCGCGGCCGGUUCCGCGACCCCGAGGCGGACGCCGCCGGGCCCGACUCGUCGCUCAUUCGCUCGGCCGGGCCUAUGAUGCCCCUCGGCGACGGGCGCAGGGCGCCGUUUGACGACGUCGACUCGCCCAAGAAGCGGCGGGCGAGGGGCGGCAAGUCGCGCAGGGGGAGGGCGAGCGAGGGCAUGUACCUCGACGAGGCGGACCGCGGUGGUGCGAGGCGCGAGAGGAGCUUGUCGCCGCGUAGGGGCGAGCGGGAGGACGACCUGAGGGGUGGCGGGUCGAGGUGGAACGGUGACGGUCGUGGCGGCAGCCUGGCCUCGCCCAUCCCUCGUCCCGGUCCCUCGCUCCUCUCUCGCCUCGGCGGCACUGGCUCGAGCCUGCCGGACAAGCCCGGCCCGUCGUCGUCGUCGUCGGCCGGCAAGCGCGUGCGUGACCCUGAGGAGGUCAUCCGCGAGGAGGAGAAGCGCAAGCGGCUGUAGCGCGCCGGCGCACGAGCUUCUUGAGCGUGUCGGUCCGUAGCUUGCGUGUAUGUUGCGAUGGAGCGUGUCGCCUCGCGA